AUGGCCAGUGCUGGGCAGAAACGCCGUUUCAUGGUCCAGCCGCUGGCCGGGCAGGGACACACAAAUCGUUUGGGCGGCCGGAGCCGGGAGGAGCUGGAGGCGCUGACGGCGGGGCCCGGCGGGGGGGACGGCCCCGGGGGAGGCAGCACCCCGCUGCUGAUCGCCGCCCGGCACGGGCACCUGGAGGUGGUGGAGUACCUGCUGGAUCACUGCGGCGCCCGCGUGGAGGAGGGAGGUUCGGUCAACUUCGAUGGGGAGACCAUCGAGGGGGCCCCGCCGCUCUGGGCGGCUUCCGCUGCCGGGCACCUGGGGGUGGUGCGCAGCCUCCUGGAUCACGGCGCCUCGGUGAACCAGACCACGCUGACCAACUCCACGCCGCUGCGGGCAGCUUGCUUUGAUGGGCACCUGGAGAUCGUGCGCUACCUAGUCGGGGAGCGCGGGGCUGACCUGGAAGUAGCCAACCGGCACGGACACACUUGCUUGAUGAUUUCUUGCUACAAAGGGCACCGGGAAAUUGCACGUUACUUGCUAGAGAAAGGCGCCGAUGUCAACCGCCGGAGCGUGAAGGGGAAUACAGCCCUGCAUGACUGCGCCGAGUCCGGCAGCCUGGAGAUCCUGCAGCUACUGCUCCGUUCCAAAGCCCGCAUGGAGAAAGACGGCUAUGGCAUGACUCCUCUGCUAGCUGCCAGCGUUACCGGUCACACCAACAUUGUGGAGUACCUCAUCCAAGGAGGGCUGCAGCAGGAGGAGGAGGUUGCAGGGAGCCAAAAUGGGACCUGUGCGUCAGGUGGGAGCCAUCAGAGGUGCUGCAGCGCUGGCAAGGAAACUCCUCAGGGCUGUGACGAAGAGGAGUGUGAGAGAUGUUGUGCCUCAGCUUCCAGUCAGGAUGAGCAGCAGGUCCCUAACGUGUUCUGCACUCGAGAGGCUGCUGUGGAAGCGCUGGAGUUGCUGGGUGCUACGUUUGUGGAUAAGAAACGUGACCUUUUGGGAGCCCACAAGUACUGGCGAAGGGCGAUGGAGCUUCGGUGUGAGGGUGGGCAAUACCUGCCUAAACCUGAGCCCCGGCAGCUGGUGUUGGCCUACGACUAUUCCCGGGAAGUGAGUUCGCUGGAGGAACUGGAAGCUUUGAUUACUGAUCCAGAUGAGAUGCGCAUGCAGGCGCUGCUGAUUAGAGAGCGCAUCUUGGGUCCUUCCCACCCAGACACUUCCUAUUACAUCCGUUACCGAGGGGCAGUCUAUGCUGACUCCGGCAACUUCGAACGCUGCAUUAACCUGUGGAAGUACGCACUGGACAUGCAGCAAGGCAACCUGGAGCCUCUCAGCCCGAUGACUGCCAGCAGUUUCCUUUCCUUUGCUGAGCUUUUCUCUUACGUGCUUCAGGACCGCUCCAAAGGCACUUUAGCUACCCACUUGGGCUUCUCUGACCUGAUGGGAGUGCUGAGCAAAGGGGUCCGGGAGGUGGAGAGGGCGCUCGUGCAUGGCAAGGACCCUGUGGUUGACUCGGCGCAGUUCACCAAGACACUGGCCAUUAUCCUCCACCUGGUCUUCUUGCUGGAGAAAGUGGAGUGCACCCCGGAGCAGGAGCACCAGAAGCGCCAGACUAUCUACCGCCUGCUAAAGUGCAGCCCCCGGGCCAAGAAUGGCUUCACUCCUUUGCAUAUGGCUGUGGACAAAGAUACCACAACAGUGGGACGUUAUCCCGUGGGCAAGUUCCCAUCGCUGCACGUUGUGAACUUGCUUCUGGAGUGUGGGGCUGACCCAGAUAGCCGUGACUAUGACAACAACACCCCGCUGCAUGUUGCUGCCCGCAACAACUGCCCGCUGAUCAUGAGUGCCCUGAUGGAGGCUGGAGCCCACAUGGACGCCACCAAUGCCUUCAAGCAGACCGCUUAUGAGCUGCUGGAUGAGAAGCUGCUCACCAAGAGCAUGAUGCAGCCCUUCAAUUACAUCACCCUCCAGUGCCUUGCUGCUCGCGCCCUGGAUAAGCACAAGAUUCCCUACAAGGGUUUCAUCCCCGAGGAGCUGGAAGCCUUCAUUGAACUGCACUAGGGUGGGAGAGCUGAAGUCCUCAGCCUUUCCCAUCACCUGUCUCACCCCGCAGAGGCAGUGCAGCCUGAGAUCUCAGGCCGUCCUUGCCGAGGUGCCGAAGGCUGUCGCUGAGCUGAGAUGGGCUGCGAGCUUUGUCCUCAUCUGUCACCAUCAAGCUGGUGUGCGCAGGGCUAGGGGAGGAGGAGGCUCGAGAGCUCAAGGCUGUCCCUCAUUGUUGUCAUCUUCAGGUACCAGAUAUCUCCAGAGCACUGUAUCCAGAGAAGGCCACAGCCCCUGCCCUUUCCAUGCCAACCGCCUUGUCCUGAGAAGGAAGGAAAAUGGAGAUUCCCUGGGACUUGCUGCCUCUCCCAUUAGUGCUGGAUUAACUCAGCGUUAAGCUUUGGAGCAGCUACGCAUCACACCCGUGCUCUAGCCCUUCCCAUCCCAAAUACCGAACAGAUAGGAAUGCAA